CGCCGUCGGCAGGGGUGCGAGCGCCUGCGCAGUGGGGGUGCGCUCGGUGCGAGAGAGUCGGAGGGGUUGGCGAUGGCUCCGGCGAGGUGCCGAUCAGAUUGCAGUUAUAGAAGAUAGACAACCAGGAGAUUUUAUCUUUCGCCAUGGCUCAGUUUGGAGGCCAGAAGAAUCCCCCUUGGGCUACUCAGUUUACAGCCACUGCAGUAUCUCAGCCAGCUGCUCUUGGUGUACAGCAGCCAUCGCUGCUUGGAGCCUCUCCUACCAUAUACACCCAGCAGACAGCACUGGCAGCAGCAGGCCUAACCACACAAACACCAACCAACUAUCAGCUCACCCAGACAGCUGCUUUGCAGCAGCAAGCUGCAGCUGCAGCAGCUGCCUUACAGCAGCAAUAUUCACAACCUCAGCAGACUCUCUAUAGUGUACAGCAACAGUUGCAGCAACCUCAGCAGACCCUUUUAACUCAGCCAGCUGUUGCACUACCUACCAGUCUUAGCCUGUCCACUCCUCAACCGGCAGCCCAGAUUACUGUUUCCUAUCCAGCACCUCGGUCAAGUCAGCAGCAAACCCAACCGCAAAAGCAGCGUGUCUUCACUGGGGUGGUUACCAAACUGCAUGAUACUUUUGGGUUUGUGGAUGAAGAUGUCUUUUUUCAACUCAGUGCUGUUAAAGGAAAGACACCUCAGGUUGGUGACAGAGUUCUGGUAGAAGCUACUUACAACCCUAAUAUGCCAUUCAAAUGGAAUGCACAAAGGAUUCAGACACUUCCAAAUCAGAACCAGACACAAGCCCAGCCAUUACUGAAGACACCUCCAGCUGUUCUGCAGCCCAUUGCACAGCAGACUGCAUUCAGUGUUCAGGCACAGCCACAGCCACAGUCCUUGUUACAGGCACAGAUUUCAGCAGCUUCAAUCACACCUUUACUUCAGACACAGCCUCAGCCCUUGCUGCAGCAGCCACAGCAGAAAGGUGGUUUGCUACAGCCUCCAGUUCGUCUGAUUUCACAGCCUCAGCCAGCUCGAAGAUUAGACCCACCAUCCAGAUUUUCUGGGAGGAAUGACAGAGGAGGAGACCCUAUGCCAAACCGAAAAGAUGACAGGAGUCGUGAAAGAGACCGAGAGCGACGAAGGUCCAGGGAGAGAUCACCCCAGCGAAAACGCUCCAGAGAGAGAUCGCCCAGACGAGAGCGGGAGAGGUCUCCUCGCAGGCCGCGGCGCGUUGUUCCCCGUUACACCGUUCAGUUUUCCAAGUUUUCAUUGGACUGCCGUAGCUGUGACAUGAUGGAGCUGAGGAGACGUUACCAGAACCUCUAUAUCCCAAGUGAUUUCUUUGACGCGCAGUUUACGUGGGUGGACGCUUUCCCUAUGUCUAGACCAUUUCAGCUGGGAAACUACUGUAAUUUCUACGUGAUGCAUAGAGAAGUAGAUCCUAUAGAUAAAAACACUGCUGUCCUUGAUCCACCCGAUGCUGAUCAUCUAUACAGUGCAAAGGUGAUGUUGAUGGCUAGUCCUAGUAUGGAAGAUCUCUAUCACAAGUCAUGCGCUCUGGCUGAAGAUCCUCAAGAACUUCGUGAUGGAUUUCAGCAUCCUGCUAGGCUUGUAAAGUUUUUAGUGGGUAUGAAAGGCAAAGAUGAAGCUAUGGCUAUUGGAGGACACUGGUCCCCAUCACUGGAUGGACCUGAUCCAGAAAAGGACCCUUCUGUGCUGAUAAAGACGGCUAUUCGUUGUUGCAAGGCUCUUACAGGGAUUGACUUAAGUGUGUGCACACAAUGGUACCGUUUUGCAGAGAUUCGCUACCAUCGCCCUGAGGAGACCCACAAGGGGCGUACAGUUCCAGCUCAUGUGGAGACAGUGGUUUUAUUUUUCCCGGAUGUUUGGCAUUGCCUUCCCACCCGCUCAGAGUGGGAAACCCUCUCCCGAGGAUACAAGCAGCAGCUGGUCGAGAAGCUUCAGGGUGAACGCAAGGAGGCUGAUGGAGAACAGGAUGAAGAGGAAAAGGAUGAUGGAGAAGCUAAAGAGAUCUCUACACCUACGCACUGGUCUAAACUGGAUCCCAAAACAAUGAAGGUAAAUGACCUUCGCAAAGAAUUAGAAAGUCGAACCCUUAGUUCUAAAGGACUGAAAUCUCAGCUGAUAGCUCGACUGACAAAGCAGCUAAAAGUAGAGGAACAAAAAGAAGAACAAAAGGAGCUGGAGAAGUCUGAGAAAGAAGAGGAAGAGGAGGAGGAUAGGAAAUCUGAAGAUGACAAAGAGGAAGAGGAAAGAAAGCGUCAAGAAGAAAUGGAACGUCAGCGGCGGGAGAGACGUUACAUCCUGCCUGAUGAGCCAGCAAUCAUUGUACAUCCCAACUGGGCAGCAAAGAGUGGGAAAUUUGACUGUAGCAUUAUGUCUCUUAGUGUUCUUCUGGACUAUAGAUUAGAAGAUAAUAAAGAACAUUCCUUUGAGGUAUCAUUGUUUGCAGAACUUUUCAAUGAAAUGCUUCAGAGAGAUUUUGGUGUCAGAAUUUACAAAGCACUGAUAUCUCUCCCAGAGAGGGAGGACAAAAAGGACAAAAAAAGCAAAAAAGAUGAGAGGAAAGAAAAAAAAGAAGAAAAAGAUGAAGAAACAGAUGAUCCAAAACCUAAGAGGAGAAAAUCUGGAGAUGAUAAAGAUAAAAAAGAAGAUAGAGACGAAAAGAAGAGGGAAGAUAAAAGAAAAGAUGAUUCUAAAGAUGAAGAAGAAACUGAAGAUGACAAUAAUCAAGAAGAAUAUGAUCCAAUGGAGGCAGAAGAGGCUGAAGACGAAGAUGAAGAAUGCAGACCACUCGCAACUCCCAUUGAAGUCAGUAGGAGAUACAGGGAGGAAGAGGAAAUGAACAAACGGGAGGACAGAAGAGAGGGAAAUAGGCAUUGUAAAGAGAGGGCGUCUAAAGAUAAAGAGAAAGACAAGACACAGAUGGUAACCGUUAAUAGGGAUCUCCUGAUGGCUUUUGUUUAUUUUGAUCAAAGUCACUGUGGAUACCUUCUGGAGAAGGACAUGGAGGAGAUACUGUACACUCUUGGACUACACCUGUCACGUGCUCAGGUCAAGAAGCUACUUAAUAAAGUAGUGCUUAGAGAAUCUUGCUUUUACAGAAGACUAACAGAUACUUCUAAAGAUGAAGAAAACCAAGAAGAGUCUGAGGAGCUACAGGAAGAUAUGUUAGGAAACAGAUUGCUGCUGCCAUCACCAACUGUAAAGCAAGAAUCAAAAGCCAUAGAAGAGAAUGUUGGCCUCAUUGUGUACAACGGAGCUAUGGUGGACGUUGGGAGCCUUCUGCAGAAGCUGGAGAAGAGUGAAAGAGUGCGGGCAGAGAUAGAGCAAAAGCUUCAGUUACUAGAAGAAAAAACAGAUGAGGAUGAAAAGACCAUACUACAGCUGGAGAAUUCUAACAAAAGUCUGUCUGCGGAGCUCAAAGAAGCGAAAAAGGACCUUGGCCAACUGCAAGAAAAUUUGAAGAUCUCAGAUGAUAAAAACUUGCAAUUUGAGGGUCAGCUGAAUAAGACAAUCAAAAAUUUAGCUACUGUUAUGGAUGAAAUAGAGAGUGUUCUUAAACAGGAUAUGGUGAAGAAUGAAGAUAAAGAUCAGAAAUCCAAAGAAAAUGGAGCAAACGUAUGAUAAACCUGCUGCUGUUCAGAAGAAUGGUGUUACAUAAUUUGCUGACGGCAUGUUUCGCUUCCGACGCUGAGCACCGUUUUAUUUACAUGGACUUGAAAGGAUCACAUUUGGAAUACUUUGCUCAAUUCACUUUCAGCAGUACAUGUCAACAUCCAAGAAAAUAAUUCUAGAGCUCAAGAUAACAUCUUUUUAGGCACACUGAAAUACCUGUUGAAAUAUUUUCCUGGGGUCUUUUUACCUUAAUCUGCUGAGCUGAAAGUAGUUGUUGGAACAAGCAGGCCUCAUCGUGCAUUUCAGCAAGCAGCCCUGUGAGAUAGCUAGUAGAAUUACACAUUUUUUACAGUGUUUAAGAAUAAAAGCUGUUGGAAUUAGUGUAAUCCUUCUCUAUAUUGCUUUGAUGUAAUAGUGUUUUGGAUACUAUAUGUACAGUCUGCAUUGAUGUUGGAAAGAAAGUUAAAAGGGUGAAGAAUAAAGAAGAAAAAAAGUUUUGUGAUCCAUGCAGAGCUUGACCAGUCCCCUGGAGCGCAGUUAAUCUGCGGAAGAACAGACACUUCUACAGACUGUUUUAAGUUGCUUUACCAAGCAGCACAAGGUUCUGUGUGUACACAGCAUCAAUGCUGAUCAUUAACUAAAGCUCCUUGGUAAUAUUCCCAGGAAUAAAAUGAAUUCUUAAGAAAAUUGAAUUGCGUAUCAGUCAUGGAGGUUUGGAGAAGCAAUCUUCUGUCAGUUAUAAUUUCUGAACGAUG